AUGCAUGUUACUUUCGAUGAAUCUAACCCCUCUAAGAAGGAUACUAUUUUGUGUAAUGAUGAUGAUGAUAUUGUAGAAGUUCCUCAAAUAGAUACUUCAAGUGGAAACAAUGGUGAUCACCCAAAACAUCAAGAUGAGCAAAAAGCAAAUGAUAAUGAUCUACCUAAGGAAUGGAGAACUCAUCGGGAUCAUCCAAUUGAUAAAGUCAUUGGUGAUAUCAGUCAAGGCGUUGCGACUACAUUAAAUAUCAAUAAUGCAUCCUUAAAUAUGGCUUUUGUUUCAGAAAUUGAACCUUUCAAUGUUGAUGAAGCUUUAGUCUACAUUAACGACAUCAUAUUCGGCUCAACAAACAAGGACAUGUGUGAAGAAUUUUCAUCAACGAUGCAAGGAGAAUUCGAGUUGUCAAUGAUGGGUAAGAUGAAUUAUUUUCUUGGACUUCAAAUUAAGCAACGGAAGGAUAGCUGCAAGGCAAUGUCUACUCCGAUGGGAUCCGGAUCUUAUGUUGAUCAAGAUGAAUCAGGUGUUUCAAUUGAUAUAACAAAGUAUCGAGGUAUGAUUGGUUCCUUACUUUAUUUGACGGCAAGUCAUCCUGAUAUUAUGUUCAGCGUGUGGCUUUGUGCUCAUUUUCAAGCGAAUCCAAAAGAAUCACAUAUCACCGCUAUUAAGAGGAUCAUGAAGUAUCUCAAGGGAACAACAAAUGUCGGCCUAUGGUAUCCUAAAGGGAGUAUUUGCAAAUUAGUUGGUUAUUUUGACGCUGACUAUGCAGGAUGUAAAACUGAUCAAAAAAUUACUAGUGGUACAUGUCACGUUCUUGGAAAUGCAUUAGUAUCAUGGGCUUGCGAGAAACAAGCGUGUGUUGCUCUAAGCACUGCCGAAGCGGAAUACAUAGCAACAGCAUGCGCAUGA